AUGAUCAGUGAGUACAAAGACUUCAAAUCAGCUAUUGGUGUACUUGACGAAGUCUAUGUCGAACCCAAAAACGAAAUUUUUGCCCGAAUUCCGGUUGGAGAAACUGUCGACGAAUAUCUUCAAGCACCGAAACAAUUGUCGAAAGAAUGCUACUUCAAGGCUCUGACAACAGAGCAAAAUCAGAAUGAUUUCUUCAUCGCCGGUUUUCACUCUGCCAAAUUUAUUCACAUCACAUAUUCAUAUUUCCUCUUGGUUCUUUUCCAUUCAGAAAUCGGUUUGGAGGGGGCGAGAUAUACUAGAGUAGCUGGGGUUCCGGAGAAAGGAGAGAACAAAAAGUUUCUGACACGUUCUUUAUGGCUCAACAACAAUAGACUCAAAAACUUCCAAAAUCUGAAUGAUCUGGUAGAAGUUGUUCUAGAGUUUCCUGCUAAGCUUGGCUGGAUAGAUUUAUCAUUCAAUCGCAUAUCUGAAAUAGAUCAGUGUAUCCUCAAGUUUCCAUCUUUGAAGAUUUUAUAUUUCCAUGGCAACUGCAUUUCAGAAUUGGACCAGGUUUAUAAACUAAGACCUUUGAAACAACUGAGGAGCAUUACUUUCCAUGGAAAUCCUAUUGCUAAUCAUCCGAACUACAGAUCUUACAUAGUUUCUGUACUGCCACAGAUAGCUAACUUGGAUUUCACACCAGUCGUCGCAACAGAAAGAAAAUUUCUCUCACCGAAAGAAGCACUGAAGAAAGGUAAAGAAGUGAAUAAAAGUCCACAGAGAAAACCUGAAUAAUCUAGAAAGACGGUGAACCUGAACAACUGACAUCAAAUUUAGUUUAUAAUUCCAAAAUAUACUUUUUCACAAUU